UCCCGUCGCUCUUUCCGCAACCUCACAAAACUUAACACACAGACAAAAAAGUAAAGUGUUAAAGAAACCAUGAGAGGAUUGCUUCUAAAAUUCCCUUUUUAUUCAUCAGUCUUUAUUCCCUAACUACAUCCACAUCUCAUUUCAUUUUACAUGACUUUCUAGUUUCUUCAUCAACACAUGCAGUACAUUAAUCACAUAAUGGGUAUUUACGAUUGUUCAUCUAUGUUCCAACCAUCACCAUCAUCACCAAUCCCUCUAGUCAUUCAUCAAAACCAUCACCACACCACCUUCAACCAUCUUCUUCCAUGCCCAACUGGAGAUAACCACCAGUUUAACCUUCCUGCACCUCCGUAUUCUGCUCCGGCAUCACUCCUCCCUUCCCAUGAUGGUUUGUUUAAGAGGGUGGUUGAUGGCUUGCAGUUUGCAUAUGAGGGUGGCAGUACUACUACAUCGUCGUCCACUGACCACCACCAAUGGUUCCAUGCGGUUCACCAUGGAUCCGACCCAUCUAUGGUCGAAACUGAAACAAGUAAGACGACUGCUCAAGAGAUGGUGGAUGCCAAAGCCGUAGCAGCCUCGAAAAGCCACAGCGAAGCAGAAAGAAGGCGUCGAGAACGAAUCAAUACUCAUCUUACUAAGCUCCGUAGCAUACUUCCCAACACUACUAAAACAGAUAAGGCUUCAUUACUUGCUGAAGUGGUACAGCACGUGAAAGAGCUCAAGCACCAAACCUCCAUCAUCGCUAAACAAAGUACAAUCCCAAGUGAGAUAGAUGAGCUGACCAUAGAAAACACAUCGGAUGAAGAUGGUCGGAUCGUGAUCAGAGCAUCAUUAUGUUGCGAUGAUCGGUCAGACCUCUUAAAAGACCUGAUCAAAACAUUAAAAUUGCUACGAUUGAGAACCCUAAAAGCCGAGAUCACAACACUUGGACGACGAGUCAAGAACGUUUUGUUUGUAACAGGUGAAGAUCACCAUUCGAUAAGCGCCAUCGAAGAAACACUUAAGUCGCUAAUUGGUCAGAAAACAGACGAUGGGGAUGGAUCUUCUUUGGUGAGUAUUAAGAGGCGAAGAACAAAUAACAUUGACAUCUUUGAGCAUCGUAGGUAUCCUUAAUCGAAUGCAUAUAUAGAAUAAAUGUAGCGAGUAUUUAUGAGCUUAUAGUACGUUCAACAAUCUCAUGCAUGCCGGUUGUUUUGCAUGAAUCUUUUGAAAUUAAGUCAUUGUUUGUUUCCUUUGCAUCUGUGGUCUUUUGCAUUCAACUUAUAUCAAAUUUGAAUACCAAUACUUAUGAAAUAAUCUUAUGUGUAACUUAUAUCAAAUUUUAUUUAAUAAAUAAAAUUACCUUCCCUUGUA